CUCUCCGGUAUGUCUUCUGCCACUGCAUCCUGGAGCGACAUUGCCAAGAAGGCAGCCCAACCAUCAUCCGGACCGGUCCGGAAAGUCCGCGGGACUCGGACUAGAAGGGAUGAUCCCGUUCCUCUCACUGGUCCUGAGGACAAGGACAUGGAUAUCGUGCUUGACCCCGUAGAGAUGGCCGCGGCUGAAAUCGACUACGAGCCUAUGGAGACUGACUCGAAGGAGGGAUACUCUAAACCAUCGUUUAAGCCCGUGACUGCUGAGGAAGAGGAGCGGGGAAUGCGAGAGGUUCGAAGGAUUGCGGUUCCUCCUCACCGAAUGACCCCGCUUCGUAAUAGCUGGUUGAAGCUAUUGGAGCCUCUAGUCCAGCAUAUGAAACUUCAGGUCAGGAUGAACACCAAACGACGUUGUGUCGAGAUGAGACGUGGUCCUGGUGCUGAGGUUAACUCUCUUCAGAAGGGCGCUGAUUUCAUAAAAGCCUUUAUGCUCGGCUUUGACAUUCAAGACGCCAUCGCCUUGCUGAGAUUGGAUGAUCUUUUCCUUGAGUCAUUUGAAGUUAAGGAUGUCAAGCGGCUCACUGGUGAUCAUCUAUCUCGAUGCAUUGGACGCAUUGCUGGUAAGGAUGGUAAGACCAAGUACGCCAUUGAGAACUCCACUCGGACGCGAAUUGUGCUUGCCGAAGACAAGAUUCACCUGCUUGGUUCUUUCACGAACAUCCGUCUGGCAAGGGAUGCUAUUUGCAGUCUGAUCCUAGGGAGCCCACCUAGUAAAGUAUACCAAAGGCUGCGUACUGUCAGCAAACGUGUUCAAGAGCGUCUGUAGAUAUAACCUUUACACUCUGGCGACUUUACCAUUUCCAUAACGACAUCUUGUACUACGUUUCUCGCUCCCA